AUGGGUUUCCAUGAAGCACCAAAGAAAUUCAAGGUCCCAAAAGGGCCAAAACCAAUCCCUCAUAAGAAUAAAAACACUAUUGGGUUAGGUAGAUCAAUUGCUAAUGUUAGAGCUAAAGAAAAUAGAGUGGAAUAUUUACCUGAUGGUGAAAUGAGAUUUACUACUGAUAAACAUGAAGAUAGUUGGGUUAAAUUAAGAUCUGUUACACAAGAAAAUGCAUUAGAUGAAUUUUUAAAUACUGCUGAAUUAGCUGAUACUGAUUUCACUGCUGAUAAAAAUAAUCAAGUUACAAUUAUUAAAGUUGAUCCUUCAAAAAAUCCAUAUUUAUUAACAAAUGAUGAAGAAAAGAAAAAAAGUGCAUUACAUGAUGCUAAUGAAAAUAGUUUAAAAGUUCCAAGAAGACCAAAAUGGGAUGAAUCUAUGACAAGAUUUCAAUUAGAUAGACAAGAAAAAGAAGCAUUUUUAGAAUGGAGAAGAGAUCUUGCUAGAUUACAAGAAAAUAACGAUUUACUUUUAACUCCUUUUGAAAGAAAUUUAGAAGUUUGGAGACAAUUAUGGAGAGUUGUAGAAAGAUCAGAUUUAGUUGUACAAAUUGUUGAUGCAAGAAAUCCAUUAAUUUUUAGAUCACCAGAUUUAGCAAAUUAUGUUACAGAAGUUGAUUCAAGAAAGAAAAAUUUAUUAUUAGUUAAUAAAGCUGAUUUAUUAACUCCAAAGCAAAGACGUGCAUGGGCUUCUCAUUUUAAAAGAAAUAAUAUCAAUUUUACAUUUUUCAGUGCUUAUGAAGCUAAUCAAUUAUUAGAACAACAAGAACAACCUGAUUAUAAACCUGAAAUAACACAAAGUGUACCAGAUUUAGAUGAUGCUACAAGAAUCAUUGGUAUAGAAGAAUUAGAAGAAUUAUUCAUGAGAGAAGCUCCAGAACCUUUAACCAUCCCACCAAAUGGUAAAGAACCAAUAUUACAAAUUGGUUUAGUUGGUUAUCCAAAUGUUGGUAAAUCUUCUACAAUUAAUGCACUUAUUGGAUCUAAAAAAGUUUCAGUUUCAUCAACUCCAGGUAAAACUAAACAUUUUCAAACUAUUCAUUUAUCUGAUCAAGUUUUACUUUGUGAUUGUCCUGGUUUAGUUUUCCCAAAUUUUGCAUAUACAAAUGGUGAAUUAGUUUGUUGUGGUGUUUUACCAAUUGAUCAAUUAAGAGAAUAUACUGGUCCAUCUCAAUUAGUUGCUCAAAGAAUUCCAAAAUAUUUCUUAGAAGCUGUUUAUGGUAUUGCUAUACCUACAAAAUCUGAAAAUGAUGGUGGUGAUGGUACUCCAACUUCUCAAGAAUUAUUAACUGCUUAUGCUAGAGCUAGAGGUUAUAUGACUCAAGGUUUUGGUAGUGCAGAUGAACCAAGAGCUGCUAGAUAUAUUUUAAAAGAUUAUGUUAAUGGUAAAUUACCUUAUGUUCAUCCACCUCCAAAUUCUGAUAAUACACCAUUAACUCAUGAAGAAAAAUUGGAAUUUAAUAAAGAAUUAUAUACAUUAGAUUCUUUAACAGAAAAUAGAAGAGAACAAAUUUUAAAUGCUGUUAAUUCAAAAGGUUUAAAAAAUUUCAAUUUAGCUGAAGAUUUAUCAAAAUUAUCAUUUUCUUCUCAUAUUGGAGGUGAUGAUAAUAAAGAAUCAAGAACUGCAAAUUAUGGUGGUAAACAAGCUGCAAUUUUCAAUGCAACUGAUGAUUUAGAUCGUGAAUUUUUCAAUAUGAAUAGUGUUAAAGGUAAUAUGUCAACACCUUUCCAUAAACUUGCAAAUGGUGGUUCAAAUAAAAAACAUAAUAAAGGUAAUAAAAAAGAUAAAAAAAAACAACAGAAGAAAGCUGUUAAUGGUUAUUAA